UGAAAUACCCUCUCGGGUUAAACUAAUAAAAAAAUAUCACUAAAUGGUCCAUUCUAUUGAUCGACACUUUGAUUUUAAUGAUACAUAAAUAUAUCAUUCGUGUGAAGUUUUAUCAAUAAUCAAUAAUUGUCUAUAUCUUUCAUUUUGAUCACUUAACAACUAAUGAGAUAAUGAUGGGACUAUUCAUGAAUUUAUUGAUUACAUUAAAUAACAUUAUUCCUAUCCAUAUAAUAUCAUGGAGAUUAACAAUAUAUCAAAAAUUAAUAAUACUUCUAUUGUUCAUAACAAUUUUAUGCAUGAAUAAUACAAAUGAAUUACAUUUAUCUACAAAUAAUACACUUGGAAGUUAUUAUAAGAAACCAAUGUUACAGAAAGUUAAUUCUCGUAUGAAUAAUUACGGUGAACAAAAUUAUUGGAUUGAAACAUUGGUAUUUGCUGAUCAUACAGUAAUGAAUCGUUUCUCGAAUAAAACAAUAGCAGAAAAUUAUGUGAAAACAUUAAUGAGAAUGACUGAUGAAUUAUUUCAUCAUCCAUCUUUAGGUGUGAAUAUGAGUUUAGUUGUACAAGAUAUAAUAUGGGUUAGUGAAGCUGAAUCAAAUGAACUUCUAUGGGGAGCAUCGCUAAUUCGUUCUGUUCACAGAUUUUGCAAUUGGGCUUUAACUCAUCAUUAUGUUCGUUAUAACUAUGAUCAUGCCUUGUUUUUAUCAAGAAAUAUUGUACAAGCAGCUGGCAUAUCUCCACUAAGUCAAAUGUGUCGUAUGCAGUAUUCCUGUACAUUAGCAGAGGAUAGUGGAUUUUUUUCAGCUUAUCCGAUUGCACAUGAAAUUAUGCACAGUCUUGGUGUUGAACAUGAUGGUGAAGGAAAUAGUUGUGAUCGUUCAGGAUCCACAGGAAAUAUAAUGGCUCCAUUAAUUUUAUCGGCAGGUCAUAACCAUCAUUGGAGUGAUUGUACACGAUUAGUACUUCAAAAUGGUCUUGAAACACAGAAAUUUACUUGUCUUCAAGAUUUUCCAAUAUUUAAACAGGAACAUAUGAAUUUUGAUUUGCCUGGCUGGCAAUGGUCACUUGAUCAACAAUGUUUUGUUAUAUCUGGAUCCAAUAUAAGUCAACAUUGUCCUGGAGUAGGAGAAUACGCCUGUCAAGAGUUAUGGUGUUCAAUGAGUGGUUCGAAAGAUCAUUGUGAUAAAAUGUUAAAUCAUGGACUAUUAGAUGGUACUCCAUGUGGUGAGAAAAAAGAAUGUUUUCAUGGUGAAUGCAUCGACUUGAAACCUCAGAAACUAGAAACCAAUCAAAGAUCACAUCAAUAUACAUCCUGGUCCGCUUGUUCACGAACGAAUGGGAUUGGUACACGUUAUCGUACACGAAAAUGCUCUAAUAGAAAUCAAAACAAAUGUGAAUUCAAUGAUAACGAGAGUAUGAUUGAAUAUGAACUGUGCGGUAAAAACACAAACGAAGAUCAUUUAAAAUCUAUAGAUUAUCGAGAAGAACAAUGUUCACGAUUUGAUCAAUUUAAAUUAAGAGGAAUAUAUCAUAAGUGGUUACCUUAUAUUUAUUCUCAAAGACCAUGUAGUUUAAGUUGUUAUUCAUUACAAAAUGGUCAAAUUCUUGAUGCAUCAAUAUCAGUUAGAGAUUCAACACCAUGUACAUAUGAUAAUCCUGAUGCACGUUGUAUACAAUCAGUUUGUAUUAAUUUCGAUUGUCUUGGUCAGGUGAAUGGCACAGCUAGAAGAGAUCAAUGUGGAGUUUGUCAGGGGAAUAAUUCAACUUGUAGUUUUAUACAACAUAGAAUUCAACGAGUUCUUCCAAUGAAUGAAGAAUAUCGUAUGUUAUACGUGAUUCCACGAUAUGCAAGACAUUUAAAAAUUUCAAAGAAUUAUGGUAAUCAUGUAUUAGGCCUAUUCGACAUGCAACAUUUCCAAUUCUUUCUAAAAGGUGAUGAAUUAGAACUGGGUACGAAAUUAAGACGUGUUUAUUUUGCAACAGAGUUUGUAUUUGAUACAGGGAAUCCAAUGAGUAAUUCAGCCGACAGUUUUGUUCAAAUUCACACAAAAGGAACAAUUUAUGGGGAUGUUGCUAUUCAAGCCAGAAAUCUAAAUAUUAAUGAAGAUCUCGAUCCCUUAGAUGUGGAAAUAAGCUAUGUCCUACCAUUAAGUAAUGAUCUCUAACUCCUGGAAAUUAUUAACAAAGCUGAAAAUAUACUUAAAUAUUAUUUCAGAAGUAGAAAAAUAUAACAAAAUAUCUUUUGGUCAUUUGUAGACCAACGUUUGAUACAUUACAAUUAUUAUUGCGAUAUGUACAACGUGGUUAAUCUAGUCUUUUAAAGUACACAUUAUUCAAAUAAACUUUUCCAUACUGGUAUC